GGGCCCUUCCAGGCUCGGCCGGGCCGGGGCGGACGCGUGGCCCCUCGGUCCCGCCUCCAGGCACACUGGCCGACGUGGCGGCGGCGCGCUGCGAGCGGGCCAGGAGGGAGGGACCGAGGCAGGAGGCGGGCCGGAAAGUUUGUCCGGCGGCCGCCGCGGGGACUGCCCCGGGGGAUGCGCGCCCGGCCCCGAGCGCCCCCAGCGAGCCUCAGAGUUCUGCUCGCCAUGGGCCACCUCCCACCUAUCCUGCCCCUGUGUGCCUCUGUGUCUUUGCUAGGUGGCCUGACCUUUGGUUAUGAACUGGCUGUUAUAUCGGGCGCCCUGCUGCCCCUGCAGCUUGACUUUGGGCUAAGCUGCUUGGAGCAGGAGCUGCUAGUUGGCAGUCUGCUCCUGGGGGCCCUCCUGGCUUCCCUGGUGGGGGGCUUCCUCAUCGACUGCUAUGGCAGGAAACAAGCCAUCCUCGGGAGCAACGUGGUGCUGUUGGUAGGCAGCCUGAGCCUGGGCCUGGCUGGCUCCCUGGCCUGGCUGGUCCUGGGCCGCUCAGUGGCUGGCUUUGCCAUCUCUCUCUCCUCCAUGGCCUGCUGUAUCUAUGUGUCAGAGCUGGUGGGACCAAGGCAGCGGGGAGUGCUGGUGUCCCUCUAUGAGGCAGGCAUCACUGUGGGCAUCCUGCUGUCCUACGCGACCAACUACGCACUGGCCAGUGUCCCCCGGGGAUGGAGGCAUAUGUUUGGCUGGGCUGCUGCGCCCGCUUUCCUACAGUCCCUCAGCCUUCUCUUCCUCCCUGCGGGUGCGGCUGAGGCUGCAGCCCAUAAGGAUCUCAUUCCACUCCAGGGAGGUGAGGUCACCAAGCUGGGCCUGGGUAGGCCAAGGUACUCCUUUCUGGACCUCUUCAGGGCACGGGACAACAUGCGAGGCCGGACCAUGGUGGGGCUGGGGCUAGUGCUUUUCCAGCAGCUAACAGGGCAGCCCAACGUGCUGUGCUAUGCCUCCACCAUCUUCCACUCAGUGGGCUUCCAUGGGGGAUCCUCGGCAGUGCUGGCCUCUGUUGGGCUCGGUGUGGUGAAGGUGGUGGCAACCCUGACCGCCAUGGGGCUGGUGGACCGGGCAGGCCGCAGGGCCCUGUUGCUAGCCGGCUGUGCCCUCAUGGCCCUGUCGGUCAGCGGCAUAGGCCUCGUCAGCUUUGCCAUGCCCAUGGACUCCGGCCCAAGCUGCCUGGCCAUGCCCAAUGCCACCAGACUGCCUGGCCUCCUUGGGGACUCCAGCCUGUCAGUGGCUUCCUCUCCACCUCCACUGCCAAGAACCCACAAGAACCAAAGGGAACCAGUCUUGUCAACUUUUAAGAAAACAAGGCCCCCUCCUAGAGCCGGAGACCCUAUGGCCGCUCCCUUGCUGACUCCGAGCGCAGCCUCGCCCGUAUCCCCUUCUCCUGCCCCAGGGCACGCACUGCUGCACUGGACCACACUGGCCUGCUUGAUGGUCUUUGUGAGCGCCUUCUCCUUUGGAUUUGGACCAGUGACCUGGCUUGUCCUCAGCGAGAUCUACCCCGUGGAGAUCCGAGGGAGAGCCUUCGCCUUCUGCAACAGCUUCAACUGGGCCGCCAACCUCUUCAUCAGCCUGUCCUUCCUCGAUCUCAUCAGUGCCAUUGGCUUGUCCUUGACUUUCCUGCUCUAUGGGCUGACUGCUGUCCUUGGCCUGGGCUUCAUCUAUUUAUUCGUUCCCGAAACAAAAGGCCAGUCGCUGGCGGAGAUAGACCAGCAGUUCCAGAGGACACGGUUCACCCUGGGCUUUGGCCGCAGGCAGAGCUCAGCUGGCAUCCAGUACAGCCGCAUUGAAGUCUCCACAGCCUCCUGAGCUGUCCGGAAGAUGCUGGAACCAUGGCUUUAGCAGACAGUCUCCAGCUUCCCGCUUGCCUGGGCCC